GCGAGUAGCCGACCGUGUUUCCCUUCCUCGAUUCCAACUUUUCCCCAACCUAGCGCUAGCUGAAGGCUCUGGCGGCGGCGAGCGAUUCUUGGUCCGGCGGCGGCGGCCGGCUCUCCUGCCUCUCCCUCGGUCCCUCCGCUCCCCUCCCCUCCCCUCCAUCCGGCCAUCUCACUCCCCUGCCCUCGGCCUCCGGUGCCCAGCCCUCUCCUCCGCGGCUCCCCCAGGCGCCAGGCCACCAGUCCGCCUCCGGCCUCCCGAGCGCGGCGGCAGCCGGCAGCGCCCUCCAGGCUCCAGCCACCGUCCUCGGGCCUCCCCGGCGCGGCGGCAGCAACAUCCAGCAGUCCGGCCUCCGUUCCUCAACAGCCACAAUACCCGGACGCCGGUUGGCCCCGCCAAAACGCAGCUCCCCGCCAACGCCUCUCUCUCAGCUGCCGACCUCGGCAACGAGCUCACCCACACGCCUCUGCUGCCAGAAGAUUGCCCGCAGAAUCAUGUAUUUCGGAGACGAAAGAAGGAGUUUGAUAACACCGAAGAGAUGGAACUUGCACCUAUAACAAUGAGUGGUAGCUCAGCUUUGAGGAUGUUGCAGGGCAGAGUGUUUGUCUUAGGAAAAAAGGUUGUUGUGGCAAAGAAAGGGAAAGGGAAAAAGAAGGGCAAAGACAGUGAAAAAGGAACUGAAGGUCCUGAAAAACAGAAGCGUAAAAGAGCGCCUAACAAGAAAUCAGGUAACGUCGCACGUAAACCUGAAAAGAAGCCUGAGGAUUGUUUCAAAAAGAAGUCGAUAUUCUUUGAUUUGGAAUACUGGGAGCACAACAAGUUAAGGCACAAUCUAGAUGUCAUGCAUAUUGAGAAAAAUGUCUUUGAAAAUUUAAUUGGAACCUUACUGGAUAUUGAUUCUAAAACAAAGGAUGGCCUUAAUGCACGACUUGACUUGGGAGAAAUUGGAAUUCGAUCUAGCCUUCAACCUCAUGAAGGUGAUAAGGGUAAAACUGAAUUGCCGCAUGCACCUUUUAAUAUGUAUAAAGAAAAGAAGGAGAUUCUUUGUACAGUGAUUAAGAAUUGUAGGACACCUGAUGGUUGUGCAUCAAACUUUUCAAGGUGUGUGAACAUGAAAGAAUUGACAUUGACUGGCCUCAAAAGCCACGACUGCCAUGUUAUUCUACAAGACAUCCUUCCUGUGGCACUUUUACACUGUUAUCCCAGUAAAGAUGUCAUGAUAUUAGUUGUUGAGCUGGCUAAUUUCUUCAAGAAACUAUGCUCCAAAGUGUUAGAUUUCUCUGAGCUUGACAAACUGCAAGAGAGUAUUGUGAAGACACUUUGUAAUAUGGAAAAGGUUUUUCUUCCAUCGUUUUUUACUGUCAUGGUACAUUUAAUGGUGCAUUUAGUUGAAGAAGCUAAACUUGGUGGCCCGGUGCAUUACAGGUGGAUGUACCCUCUAGAGAGAUCAUUUGUUUGGCUAAAGUCACUUGUGCGCAAUAGAGCUUAUCCUGAAGGUUCUAUUGCUGAAGGAUAUACUGUUGAAGAAUGCUUGACCUUUUGUUCAAGAUUUCUAGAAGGAACCACACGUUUCACAAGAACAUCUAGGAACCCUGAUCCUUCAGAUAAUACAAAGGGCAUGUACAUGUUUGAUAGUGUUGGUGAGCCAAUUGGAAAGGCUGUCACUAUAGGCCAAUUGGACGAUCAGCUUCUAGUUCAAGCACAUCGAUGUGUCUUGCGACACUGAUGAGCUUGAUGAUCUCCAUAGAGAAUUUGUGGACCAAGAGAAGAGGAAACCGGGUAACUUAAAUUUGACGGACGAUGACAAUGAGGAUUUGAUUAGUAGACACUUUGCUGACUGGUUGGAACAAAAGGUUAUACUAGAUGAUGGAUCGGAUAUCACAGAAAAGAUAAGAGCAUUAGCCGCAAAACCAAGCAAAUGCGGGGUGCGCUAUAGUGGCUAUAUAAUUAAGGGUUUCAGGUUUCAUACUAUCAGUCGCAAGACAGGACGCGUGACACAAAAUAGUGGUGUCGUGAACCUUGCUGAAAAUGGUGUGUCCUAUUACGGUCGGUUAUCUGACAUCUUUGAAUUGUCAUACAAAGAUUACAAGGUGGUCUUCUUUACAUGUGAUUGGUAUGAUGUUCAUCACAAAGCUGGUAUUAUAAGAGAUGAGUUUGGAUUCACUCAUGUGAAUUUCUCCCGAAAAAUACAUACAGGGGAGAAGUUAGAGGAUGAUCCUUUUGUAUUUUCUUCCCAAGUGGACCAGGUCUUCUAUAUUCAAAAUCCGAGAAGUGAGAAUUGGAAUACCAUGGUGAAAUUCAAACCUCGUGAUAUUUUUGACAUGGGUGGAGAACCAUCUUCAGAUGAAACAGAGUAGUCUUUGUGCUUUUAGCUUGUUACUGCAGCUAAGAUAUAGGUUGAGCACUUGUCAUCCAUGCUCCUAGGUAGAAUUACUCCAACAUAAUUAUUCCAGCUGGGUGGAUCUUCUUCAGAAUGUAUUGUUCCCUAUGUGACUCUGUGAUGAACGAGCCUAUGGUCUUUUUUUUUAAUGUGUAUGUUCCCUUUUGUUAUGAAUGAACAGUUGUAUGGCUAUCCGUUUAGUUC